AGAAUGGUUCUGAGAAACAGCUCCUCGGUGACUGAAUUUAUCUUUAGGGGAUUCUCAGAACGAUCAGAGGUCCAUGUCCCCCUCUUCUUCCUGUUCUUAGGGCUCUAUGUGCUCACUGUGGUGGGCAACUUGGGCCUGAUCACCUUAAUUGGUCUGAAUUCUCGCCUUCACACUCCCAUGUAUUUUUUCCUCUUCAACUUGUCUUCGAUAGAUCUCUGUUAUUCUUGUGUCUUUACUCCCAAAAUGCUGCACGAUUUUGUGUCAGAAAAUAUCAUCUCUUACGCGGGAUGCAUGACUCAACUGUUUUUCUUCUGCUUCUUGGUCAAUUCUGAGUGCUAUGUGCUGGUAUCCAUGGCCUACGAUCGCUAUGCGGCUAUCUGCAAUCCUCUGCUGUACCCGGUCACCAUGUCCCCCCAGGCCUGUGCUCUGCUGAUGUUGGGUUCAUAUGCGGUAGGGUUUGCUGGGGCCAUGGCCCACACCGGAAACAUGCUGAGACUGACCUUCUGUGGUUCCAACAUCAUCGACCAUUAUCUGUGUGAAGUUCUCCCCCUCUUGCAGCUCUCCUGCACCAGCACCCAUGUCAACGAGCUGGUGUUUUCUAUUGUUGUUGGGAUGGUCAUUGCAACAUCCAGUAUCAGCAUCUUCAUCUCUUAUGCUUUGAUUCUCUCCAGUAUCCUCCGCAUUCCUUCUGCUGAGGGAAGGUCCAAAGCCUUUGGCACAUGUGGCUCCCACGUCACCGCCGUGGCUAUGUUUUUUGGGUCAGGGGCCUUCACCUAUUUAACAACCUCUUUUCCGGGAUCUGUGGGCCGGAGUAAAUACGCUUCAGUCUUCUACACCAACGUUGUGCCCAUGCUUAACCCUUUGAUCUACAGUUUGAGGAAUAAGGAUGUUAAACUUGCCCUGGGCAAAACCCUGAAAAGAGUGCUUUUCUGA